AAGAGAAGAAAUUGAUGAAGAUCACAAUAAAAUAUGUCAGAAACAAAAGCUUCCGAGAAAUGAAUUAGCAGCAGCAUUCAUGGCUUCUCUGCUGUUCCUCCUCCUGAUCAUCAAAACUUCAGCUGCUGAAAAUGACGACUUCUUCUUCUACAAUGGAUUCAGCAGCGAAGAUCUGCUUCUUGAUGGCAUCGCGGGCAUCGCACCAAACGGGCUGCUGAUCUUGACCAACACAAGCAAGUACAUGCAGAGCCACGCGUUCCACAAGAGGGUAAUCCGAUUCAAGAACGCAUCAGAUGGCAGGCUCAACUCCUUCUCCACCUGUUUCGCUUUUGCGAUUGUGUCGGAGUACUCUGAUGUUGGCGGCCAUGGCCUUGCUCUCGUGAUCUCCCCAACAAGAGGCCGCACUGGAGCCUUCCCUGUUCAAUUCCUUGGACUCUUCAACUCAUCCAACAAUGGAAACUCCUCUAAUCAUGCGGUGGCAGUUGAGUUGGACACCCUGAGCAACGUCGAGUUCGAAGAUAUAAAUAACAAUCAUGUUGGCGUCGAUAUCAAUGGUUUGAGAUCGGUGGCUGCUGCUCCGGCUUCAUAUUUUCUGGGGGAAAAUGAAGGGUAUGACAACUUGACUCUUCUCAGUGGGAAGCCUAUGAUGGUUUGGGUGGAGUAUGAUGGUCAGGAUAUGAAGCUCAAUGUAACAAUUUGUCCAAUCAAUGUACCCAAGCCAAGUAUUCCUCUUAUAUCUCUGUCACUUAAUCUCUCUCUGAUUAUCUACGACACUAUGUACAUUGGUUUUUCUUCUUCAUCCGGCUCCAUCAAAACGUCUCAUUAUGUGUUGGGCUGGAGCUUUAAGCUCAACGGGCAAGCCCGACGGCUCAAUCUUAUUACUCUUCCUUCACUUCCAGCACCCAUACGAAGAAAAAGCAAAGCUGUACAUGAUAAGCUAUACAUAUUAGCUGUUGUGCUUAUGCUGGUUACGGCCAUGGGAAUCGCUUAUGUUGUAGCAAAGAGGAUCAUAUAUGCUGAAGUUGUGGAAGAAUGGGAGGUUGAGUUCCAGCAUCAGAGGCUCUCUUACAAGGACCUUUACAAGGCCACCAAGGGCUUCGGAAAAGAUGAACUUUUGGGAAUUGGAGGCUUUGGUCGGGUGUAUAAAGGGAAAUUGACCAUGUCCACAACAACUGAAAUUGCAGUCAAAAGAAUAUCACGUGAUUUAAGUAAAGAGAUGAGAGAAAUAGUUUCAGAGAUUGUCAGCAUCGGCCAACUUCGUCAUCCAAACUUGGUCCAGCUUCUCGGCUACUGCAGGCGCAAAGGGGAGCUCCUGCUUGUAUAUGAAUUCAUGUCCAAUGGAAGCCUGGACAAGUUCAUCUUCGAUGACACCGGCAAGAAGAAACUUAACUGGGCGCACAGGUUCCAAAUCAUAAAAGGCGUGGCUUCAGCGCUUUUCUACUUGCAUGAGGAGUGGGAAAAGGUGGUCAUUCACCGAGAUAUCAAAUCCAGCAACAUCUUACUAGAUGAUGGUUUUAAUGCAAAAGUUGGGGACUUUGGCAUCUCAAGAUUAUACGACCAUGGAAGUGAUCCGAAUACAACUAACGUAAUCGGAACCAUUGGUUACAUUGCUCCGGAGCUAAGCAAAAAUGGCAGAAUAACAACCUCCACAGAUGUGUACGCAUUCGGGGUGUUUCUGCUUGAAGUCGCGUGUGGAAGAAGACCAAUUCUGCAGGAAGCUUCAUCAGAUGUUCUGAAUUUAGUGGACUGGGUAUCAAAAAACUGGAAAAGAGGGAUCAUUCUGGAGAGCAGGGAUGUUAAACUGGGUAAUGAUUUUAAGUCCGAGGAGAUUGAAUUGGUUUUGAGGCUAGGGUUGCUCUGCUCGCACCCAUUGCAUAAUUUGAGACCAAGCAUGCGCCAGGUGGUACAAAUACUGACGGCAGAUGGCGCACAACAACUACAGGUAUUCAUGACUGAGCAAGAGGAGAAUCUUUAUGGUUCAGGCAGAAUUUGCGACUUAUCUGCAGCAACAUACACUUCUCCACAGCAGUCAGAAUCUAGUAAAUUGUUCAUGAAUUCAUAGCUGAAGAAACAGGUGUUGAUGGUAUUUGAGAG